UCAGCAUCAAUGUCGGGCCGUGGCAAGGGAGGCAAGGGUCUCGGCAAAGGCGGCGCCAAGCGCCACAGGAAGGUCCUCCGCGACAACAUCCAGGGCAUCACCAAGCCUGCGAUCCGGCGUCUGGCCAGGAGGGGCGGCGUCAAGCGCAUCUCCGGCCUCAUCUACGAGGAGACCCGCGGCGUGCUCAAGAUCUUCCUCGAGAACGUCAUCCGCGACGCCGUCACCUACACCGAACACGCCCGCCGCAAGACCGUCACCGCCAUGGACGUCGUCUACGCGCUCAAGCGCCAGGGACGCACCCUCUACGGCUUCGGCGGUUAGGCGUCCUCGCGGGAUCCGUCGCUCGCGGGAUCUGAUUAGAAGCUAGCCUCUGUUUAGGGUUCAUCCUCUGUUCUCUGUUGUGGAGUAGGUGUAGUAUCUCGCUGUUGUGCUCUUGUCUUGUGUGGUGUUUGGUUGCGUGCCUGUAGUCUGUAAUGGAAGUUGUUGCAUAUGAAUGAACCAACGGAUUUGGUGUC